CCACUGAGAGCAGCCUCCUCAGUGCGCAUGGCACAAAGGUAACAACGGGCUGCAACGGACUGAAAAUGUAAAUCCUGUCAUCUGAAGACUACCUCAAGGACGCACGAGGAUGCUUCUUUUUUUCCUCCGUCAACUGCACAUUUAAAGCAAUUUUUUUCCCAUCCUCUUCUGUGGUGGGAUCCCGAAUUUCCUCUGAUUCACAGCGAAGAGUGAUGUGACCAUAUGCGCUGAUGGGGUGCAGCGUGCCACUAAAACACCCAAAUAAAGGCUCCACACUUCUCCUCCAGAUCAGUCGAGCCUGACGGGAGAGGACUUUAACCGAGAGCGCGUAAAAAUCUGCAACUUGCAGAAAUCUUAUCUUUUGUGGGAGAAUCAUUUUUUUUCUUUUGGUGCAGGGGGACCCGGAUAAUACUACUACUACUACUACUGCUGCUUGCUUGCUUUUUGCACAAAGACGCGCAUCCUGUUGGAUUUAAGCUGCAGUCCAAUUCACCCUCAACUGCAUUGGCACAAGUGUGAGAAGAAAAAUGUGUGCGUUAUGAAACUAACUCUGCGGCGGAUCUACAGACUAAUAUCCACAAGUGGGUCGUUUUUCUGCCUCUCAGCCGCACAUAAUACCACUUCACAACUACAAUGAGACAACGUGGUGGGCUCACUGGGGGGACUGUUGCCUGUAGAAGUGCAGAGAGAGAGCAGGACAGUGACUUCCAGAGGGUAGACGAGUGAAUGCCGUCUCCGAUGUGGAGCUUGUCGCUGUCCGACGCGCGAGUGGUGCUGAAAUUUGGAUGAUGCCUGGCCAGCGACUGCAAGGCUGCCGCUCCCUGCACUUCAACGAGGACAACGGCCGCUUCGUGCUGCUCGCCAUCCUAAUCCUCCUGUACCUGCUGUGCGGCGCUGCGGUCUUCUCGGCCAUAGAGCGGCCCUCGGAGCUGCGGGCUCACGGCCGCUGGAACGGGACGCUCCACAACUUCAGUGAGACCUUCAACAUCAGCCUGCAGGACCUCAACUCGUUCCUGCGGGAGUACGAGGCUGCCAUCGCCGCCGGGAUCCGCGCUGACGCUCUGAGGCCAAGAUGGGAUUUUACAGGGGCUUUUUAUUUUGUUGGAACUGUGGUGUCGACUAUAGGUUUUGGGAUGACAACACCUGUGACGAUUGCAGGUAAGGUGUUCCUGAUCUUUUACGGGCUUCUGGGCUGCGCCGCCACCAUCCUCUUCUUUAACCUCUUCCUGGAGCGUAUCAUCACACUCCUGGCUGUGGUGAUGAAGGCCGUGAGGGAGCGACGGAUCAGGAACAGCGGUCUGCUCCCACCAGGAAUCCGCCAUGACUUCUCAGCCUACUCCCUGCCAGGAUGGAAACCCUCGGUGUACCACGUGAUGCUGAUCCUCGGCCUGUCAGCCAUCACCAUCUCUUGCUGUGCAUCGGCCAUGUACACCCCAGUCGAGGGUUGGGCUUACCUAGACUCACUUUACUUCUGCUUUGUCACAUUCAGCACCAUCGGCUUUGGGGACUUUGUGAGCAGCCAGAGCGCGGCGUACGAAUACCAAAGCCUCUACAGGGUGGCCAACUGCUGCUUCAUGCUAAUGGGGGUGUGCUGCAUUUACUCACUGUUCAACGUAAUUUCUAUUGUCAUCAAGCAGGUCCUCAACUGGAUGCUGGAGAAAAUGAGCUGCUUGUUUUGCCAGCGUUGCAAUAAGGCCAAUGCCUUCCUGAGCAGACGCAACGCCAUCCGCCCGGGUUCCAAGAGCCGCCAGAGUCGGUUCGACAAGCCCGACUCAGAUGGACCCUGUGAUAGUGACACUGAGGGACGCAGACUAUCAGGGGAGAUGAUCUCUAUGAAAGACCUGGCAGCCUCUAACAAGGUGUCUCUGGCCAUCAUGCAGAAGCAGCUGUCUGAGUCUGCCAACGGAUAUCCCAGAACAGUCUGUGGCAGCUCUCGCCAUAAUGGUUUCUCUGGGGGGGUUGGAGCUCUGGGGAUCAUGAACAACAGGCUGGCAGAGACGAGUAACUCCAGGUAGAGGACACAGUGAGACAGAAAGUACGGGAGCUCUUUAUUCUAACAAACCACGAGGUUGAACGCCAUAAAAAAUACCAGGCUUCUGAGAGGGACUGUCAGUGUAACUUGUUAUGCAUGAUACAUAUGAUUUUUUGAUACUUUUGGUUGGAAUUACAAGCCUGUGGUGAUAAAACAGGGAAUGUUGGUGAUGAUUUCAGUGAAUAUGAUGAUGAUAAUGAUGAUGAUGGCAUGAAGAGAGAACCACAGAGUCAUCAAAAAAAAAAAAAAAACAUAAGUUGAUGUGGAAGCAUGGGGACCACCCGCCACUCAUUUCAUCAACCUCAAACGAGAACAAAUCACUGAAAAUCUCUGAAAUAUCAGUGUUAGUCUGCAGAAUAAAUAGCCUGCUAUGCUCGCUCAAUACAUGAGACUUAAACAAACUAUAAUGUUGUGCAGUAAAGAAGCCAAGCGAAGCGUAGAGCCUAGUCUUUACAGUUUUGGGGGCUUAUUUGAAUGUACAUACUGAAUGCUGAUAUAGAUAAAUGUAAUCGCUGAAUGAUAUAGCACAUACUGAUCUAUGCAUUAUACUUCUCAUGCAUUUUUGCACCAUUUCUAGACCUUCCAUUGAUUACGCAAAACACCCCCUUUUUUUGUCUUCUUCUAUCCUCAGGUGAUUGCUUUCAUUUUUGGGAGGAAGUAGAGUUUCUAAGAGUGACCAAGAUGUAGCUGAUUUGAGCAGGACGGUAGUGAAAAGUGUUACAGUGGCACACAAACAGGCUACAAAGAGUUAUUUCCUAUUCCUCAAGAUGGAGGAAAGAGCAGAGUUGAAGAAUGAAAAUCCAUUUCUCGUGAGAGAGGAACCGGCCUGCUUAUCAGCUAAGAACAUGCUUCGGCGGCCAAAGACUUUGACUUGAAGGGUAAAAGAAGGCACCUUCUAACUCUUUCUCUCUUUUUCAAGCCCACAGCUGUGUGCGAGAAAAAUAAACGAUAAAGGCAAUGUUGUCAUUAUUUCUUUGAAUGCAGGAUACAGACUCGUGUUGGUAAAACAGAGAAAAAUGAGGAAUGGAAGUGAAAUGUAAGGAAGUAAAUUGUAGUUGGUUUUAUCCCAUAGGCACAUUAUGUUAAACGAUGCAGAUUGAAAGUAGCCGGGUCAAUCUCAGAUGCUAGAGUGGAAAACAAAACCCUGAAGGAUUUUCUCACUUGCACUGAUUCACUAUUGUGAGGAUUUUCUGUUUUCAUCGCCUUCUUUGCAUUUCUAAUUUUCUCUAAGAGAAAAAAAAAGGCCUGUAGAGUUGGAUUUUUUUCUUGAUUUCAGUGUAAACAUGCAGCCGAGGUUUAAUAAAUGGAGGGUGUUUGUGGAGAAUAUGGUGCUACCCUGUCAGGCUGAACGAUCAAUGCCCUUGUUGCGGGCUACUAUCUCUUAGAAAGGCGUCGGCAAUUUAAAACCAUGCGUUGGAGGAGACAGGGAUAGUUGAAGUGUCCAGGGGAUGUUGAUGAAGCAGGGAGAGAGCUGGUGACAGCAGUAGUUUAGAGGAGGUGGCUCUAAUGGACUCAAUUCAUAUCCAAAUUCAUGCCCGGUGCAAAUCGACGGCCUAGCUCAGCCAAGGGCUCAACUUUUCCUGGCGCCACAUCUUCACCAUCUAACGUCCCCUCCGGCCCACUCUCGUCUUUUUACCUCUAGUCAUCUCUGCAUUCGCUUCACACACACUGCACCAAAAGCCUCCUGCUUCCUUUUUUCUUGCAGACCUCGGCUCUCUCCUCACGCCCAUCACCCCUUACACUGUGAAUAUGAGACAUGCCAUAAAUGUGUAUAUAUAUAUGUAUAUAUAUAUAAGAAGCAUUGGAAUGUCUUAAAAAGCGUUUUCACAAUAAGGCGCAAACUGAAUCUGGAUCUAUCCUUUGUUGAUCUCCAUCAUUUCAGUGCAUAGAUCGGAAUAAUUUCCUUUACUCCCCCAGUCUCACCAAGAGGAAUAGAGAAAAUGACUCAGGUAGUUAAAUCUUCAGGCUUGUCUUAGUUUUUCCUGCAUGCCAUUAUGGUAAAGCCAUACAAGAUAGCUGUAUAUAUAUAUAAACAGAGUACUCUUUAAAGUCUAUUUUUCUACAUAUAGCUUUCAAAUGUCUACUCGUGGAUGAUUGGAAAAGUCUCACUGUCACAUGUCUCUUACACGGUCAGUCAGCAGCUUGACAGGAUUCAGCAUUCAGAGCUUAACUACCCUAUGAAAACAAAGACUAGAAAAACAAAGCUUUUUUCUAGAUGUUAAGGAUAUUUGACAUUUUACAAAAUACAGACUUUUGCUGUUGUUUCUUAUAGUUAGAUGAGAAGAUUGAUAACACGCUUGCAUCCCAGAGUAUCAUCAGUUUUCUUAUCCAACUCUCCACAAGAUUACAGUUGAGCUCUGUCUCCAUAAAAUGACGUCCCCGUACAACUAAACUACAUUCUCAGUAACGUUUGAGGGAAAUGCAUUUCCUCCCAGAUUAUGUCGGUUUGUGAUGUAUCACAAACACAUUUGUAAUCAGGGUAUUUUUACUCUUUAUUCUAUUGCUUUCCUACUGUUGCUUCAAUGAAGGACAUUUAAAUGUAGAAAAACAAUGACACGUGACAAUGAUAGAUAGAUAGAUAGAUAGAUAGAUAGAUAGAUAGAUAGAUAGAUAGAUAGAUAGAUGGAUAGAUACUACUAGUCGAUAAUACAGAACAGAUUCAAUAUUUUUGUUGUGAAAACAUCUGUAAUUAUAAAAGAUACUUCUCAUUUAACAAGCUAAUUUAUGUAAAAUAAAAAACAAUAAUGUUUCUGUUGAUUGUCACUAAUUGCAUCCAUUUUAAAUAUAUAUUUCUAGUAUUAAACUUGGAUUAAAUCAUUUCAUCUACUCAAUAAAAAGGAGAUAUUUGUGAAACUAGGACAAACCCUCAAAUGUAUUAAACAUAUUUUUAAUUUAGUUAAUAUUUUUGGUUAUUUCGGACGUGCAGUAAAAAAAUGUAAAACAAAAUGGAAAAUUUGGUAAUAUUUACAGCAGGAAUUCAAACAAGUUGUGAAGGAGUGUAAUUUAACCCAAACUGUGAUAUUUUUUUCAACCUAACUAAGUGGGUUUGGCGCCUAACUAAACUUCCAAAAUAACCUUUGCCCAGCUCUUUGUCAUCUCCGAACUCCGACUUUGUGGUUCUUUGAAUGUGACAACGUUUCCUCAUACGUCAUCCAGUUAUGUUGUAUAGAAACGUCAUUUUUGAGAGACACAGUUGAGGAAUUACAUGUUUUCCCCCCAAAAUGUCAAUUUACUCCUUAAACAAAGCCCAGCAAAGUGGCUCAGGAGCAGUGAAGUGAGCAGACGUCGGUGAUGUGAGGCUUGCAGCACCAGGGAGGUUCAUGUGUUGCUGAUAACAGUAACACUGCAAAAAGAAAAAGUGCCAAACCCUGGGACAUUUGAGGAGAAGCAUGGGCAUGCUGUAGCAAAUGACAUACUGUAGUUUGAAUUCACUGGUGUUCCCCUGCUGUAUUAUGUCUCCAAGGGGGGAAGUUUUACUGGCGCUUUUCUAGAAUCAUCAUUCCCAAAUGAUACGUUAUGUGAACCUUCAUUUUCCCCGAGGUUUAAGGUUACACUGAUAGAGGUUUCAAUUCUUCCCUCGCAGCUAUCAGCUGCACUGUAUCUUUAACGUCAAUUUCAACAAGGAUCAUGUGUGUUAGUAUGCAUUUCUGCAUCCAAGCCAGAGUGUAAAGGACUGAAAAUGAGAAUUCAAGGACUGCGAUAUGAUAUCUUAAAUGCUUCCCUGAACAUAAGCCCCCAGAAGUUAUUUGAAUCAAUAUAAUAUCCAUUAAAAUGUAUUUUCCUUAAGCCUGAAACACAUCAAGCUUUUAAGACACUGAGUAUAGUAUUUAGAGUAAUGUUUGCUCACCUAAAAUGCAUGCGUGGCUUGACAUCAAUUGCCUUACUUUAGUCCUUGCAUAUUACAAAAAAGUUCCUUAUUGAAAAGAUUAUAGUGUGUAGAGCUUGUGUGUUGUACUAUACAAUCCUUUUGCAUUUUGCAAAAUUGAUCUCCAUUGAUUGCAAUGGUUUUAACUGCCCUGCUGUCCUCUGUAUCUUCUGUAAGAGGAGACAGGUGGUCUAGGAUUUACUGUAUGUUUGUACUCGUUAACAGCAGAAAUGCCUCCUAAAUGUGAUAUCAGUGACUUUUCUUUUUAAUGUAAUUACUUCAUUUCAUGUUCUCACAGAACACCAAAUUGGAUUGAGAUGAUGCAAAAUUCUAAUUUUAGGCCCGCACCAUUUGUACAUAAUAAUGGCUGAACAUAGCAGACUUGGAUCACAGCGCGACGUGAUUCGCAGUAAAGUUGUCAGUGUUAAUUUAAACCCUAAAUUGUUCAAAUCACCACUGACAGGGUUUAUUUUCACCCAACAUGUAUUGUGCUGUACUCACAAUGGGAUCUCUACUUUGUAGUCAACACCUCCUUGACUGUAAAAUAGCUCCAUAGAACAUGUCAUGCUACAUGGCCUUUACAAGCCUAUUAAUAAAACAAUUUGUUUGACAUAAGAAGAGACUGGAGAUGUUGUUAGUGUUAAUCCUGAAAGCUGUCAAUGGUGCUAAUGGACUCUCUUCAGCAAGAUCACGGUAUGAUGCAUAACACUUUGCACUCUCCAGUUUCUGCGAAGGAAAAGUGCAGGAACUCUUUGAAUUUAGAGACUUCUGAAGAUGCUUAUUUCAGGAGCAUACUGUGUUUACAUUAAUUUGGCUGACGCACAUUGGAAAUGGCAGUUACCAUUAGCCAGGUAAACAGACGAGAGGCUCGGCAGCAGAAUGAUGUAGUAUUUGCUCUGCUUGGCUGCUCGAGUCCCAAAUUGACAGGACAUGGACAGGUCUUUUUUUUUUUCUCGUGGACACGGAUGAUAAGGAGCCCCAAACUACACUGAGCUCUCAAUUUAGAAGCUGCGUCAUGUGUCUGUGAUCCACAGUUAUGUUGACCUUCGACUCUAUUGACAUCAACAUAAUUCUACACCUUGGUGUGUGUCUCAUGUUGCUUGCAUCGUGGUGUAACAUCCAGUUAAUGUAUGCAAAUUAAUUCUGUUUGCAAGUUGCACAUUUAUACCAAUGAUUGUACUUUUAUAUUUAUGUAAUUAAAAGCAAAACCUAUAUGAAACAAGAGGGGUUCCAUUAAACACUGAUAUUUA